AUGUAUUCUGUACUCCGUUUAUGCAGGAAAUUGUUUAUCCUUUUUGUGACUAAGGGCAGCAAUGAAGUUUUCUCAUUUUUGUCUCUCUUUGCAUGCAAUCUUGUAAAGUUUCAAGAUGCAAUUGCUAGCACAUCUGGCCGUGUGAAACUUAUUGAUUCAAUGGACGGAAUUACAAAAGGGAUUCAACAGAAGCUGGAAAAGGCACAUCUUGCACAACAAGCAGAGCUGACAGUCUGUGAUGCUCUCAAGGAGAAGUAUGCUGCAGCAAUUUCUGAGCAAAGACGCUGCUCUUCUCUCUUAAAAGCUUUCCAGGAGGAAUGUGCAAAGAAUGAGAGACUUAGAAGCCACACUUCGGGAAUACUCGCAUAA